AUGCUUGCACUGUGCUCUGCCGUUUGCAAUGGCAAUGCACCUCAAAAGCGCUUGUCUAAGAGCAAGGUUCGCAAAUCGCCGUCUUCAAGGAAGCCAGUUGAGCAAGACCUGGGUUCGGCAAUGUGUGAAGCAACCAGGACUUCAGAUUCGAGCUGCCUAUCAUCACUCCAAGUGGCACUGGACGAUCGAACAAUUGAAGUUCAAAAGCUCGUGAGGGAGGCUGAAAUGAGAAAGCGGCUUACGGCAAGUCUUGAGCUGGAGGCCUUUCAGAAAUCUGAAGACAUAGGCAAGCUCCAAAAGUCUCUUUGGAAGAUGGGUUUGGAAUGCCAGCUUCCUGGAAAGCUUGGCCACCCGCUUGAGCACUUAAGAUUUGAGCUGCAUGCUCGGAAAGAAGAGCAGGCACAUCUUGAACAGUGUGUUCAAGCAUUGAGAAGCAGUGUCAUGGAGCAGAGAGAGGAGGUUCAAAGAAAGGGCGAGAUCGCGAUGGAACUUGCCUGUCAACUUUCCAAGUCUAAGCUCUGCGCCGAUGAUCCGCUGCUUCAAGCUGAUCCAAAAGUAACAUGUAUCAGUCAGAGCUCGCCUGAGGUGAUAGCUGACUAA